CGUAUCCAUUGGCGCCAAAGAUUUUUCAGAACUUCCGAAAUUUUCCCGCGAUAUGGAGAAAAGGAUGAAAGAAUACCAAACUCCGCAGAGGGAUCCUGCGGCAAAUCGUAGAUCAAGGAAGCCUCAGAAGAUCGCCAAGAGCUUGGCUGCUACAUUUUCAUCACUUUCUGACGAUAAAGUCCAGCCAAUUUCGAUGGAAGAUUUCUCUCCGAUUUACGAAGUCUCAGACAUCAAUCAAGUUCCAGAUAUGGACCGUAGUUUCUUGCAAGUUGUUAAUCCAGCUCUUUCUGCUUCCUUUGAGAGCUCUUUUUUCCCUGAUCUUUCUCCAUCGUCAGUUGUCACCGCUGAAAAUGAACAGACAGACAAGAUUCCUGUUAAUUUCGCUGGAUCUAAUGAUUUAGUUAAAGGAAGCGCGUGUUCGGUGGAGGCAGAGAUUGCCGUGGAUUUUUUAAGGCGUGCUCUGUCUCAAGUCCUGCAAUCGACGGAUGUUGACCAUCAGUCUAAGAAGCUUCUUGAUGCAUCCAUGAGGAUCAUUGUGGAGGACUUCGUUGCUAUACCUCAAGAGCAAGACCACAUUGCUCAACUUAUUUCUGCCAAAAGUCUUGUACUGUCUCUAUGUUUUUUCCUGUGGAUCAUUAUCUUGGCGUUAGCUUUCUUUUUUGGUUCGGGAGCCAAGAGCUCUUUCUCGGGGCCACCGCCAACUUGAAGUGGCGAAGAAAUCCCUUAUUCUA